UCGGGACCCCAGAUUGACUGACAUUUAUCUAGGGGUGUCCUGGUGAAAAGCCAAUGUGUGUGUGCUGACAGGUGAUCCUGUCUACAAUUUUUUGGAAUGUUAAGAAUUUCCUUUGGAUGGUCUAUUCCUGGGUGGUUCCUGGGUGGUCUCAGUUUGUGGUCUUUCUUGGAACCUGGCAUUGCCUUAGGGAAAACUACUGAGACUCAGGCCUCUACUGAGCUUGUCAUGGCUGAGGUUGUCCUCUGGUCUCCACAUGAUUGCUGAGUUGUGGGUACAAUAAUUGCCUUGUAUGAGGGAGGUGUAGUAUUCCCUAAGGUCAGAGGACGUUAGACAGAAUGACCACUGAGCCAUCUCCCCAGCCCACAAGGGUUCUUUUAAAUACCUGCCCAGUGUCCUGUCAGUGAGAACACAGUGACACUGGGAGGGAUUUCUGGUGUAUCUUUCUAGAAAAAUUGGAAGCAAGUACUACUGCCGGUGCAUGUGCACACUCCUGUUAUUAAUAUAGCAAGAAACCUCCUGUGGGCUCUACCACCUACUAGAUAGAUGCUUCUCUUUAAAGCUGUGUGAGCGUCAGUUCUGCCGCGUUGCACACUGGGAAUUUCCAUGUGGGGGGACAGAGAAUUGGCACGAGGUUAAUAGGCUAGGGCUAGUAAGCCACCUAUGCCAUCCUAUGCAGAGCCAGUUCCUGGGGCGUUCUUGCCAUCAAGAUGUUUCCAUUCUCGAUUGUUAUUGGUGAACGUGAAAACUCUGCAUUUGUCUUUUAGCUGUUUGUACUCCCAUUCAAAUUAACCAGCGUGUGUUCUUCUUGUGUAUAUUAAAAUAUACACUUGCCUAUAUGUCUUUUUACUCCAUUGAAAAUGUCUCCUUUGGGCCGUGGUGGUGCAUGCCUUUAGUCCUAGCCCUCAGGAGGCAGAGGCAGGGGAAUCUUUUCUUUGUGAGUUUAAGGCCAGCCUGAUCUACAAAAGCUAGUGCCAGGACAGGCUCCAAAGCUACAGAGAAACCCUGUCUCAGAGAUAGAUAGAUAGAUAGAUAGAUAGAUAGAUAGAUAGAUAGAUAGAUAGAUAGAUAGAAAAUGUCUUCUCUGGUUUUAUUUGUUUGUUUUAUAUAAUUUUUGUUUUCCAAGGGAAGGUUUGUAAUGAUCUGUUCUGUUUCUUUAAGAGGCAAGCCACGCCCACUCCCUUCCCUGUCUGCUGAGGCAGGCAGAUCUUCCUUCCUGGUUGCAGCUGAGUCUCUUCCUUUUCCGGCUCUCUCCCAAAGAAGCAGCCUCUGCCUCACCCCACUUCUUCCCUUUCCCCCACUUCUCUCUCUCUCUGCCUCUCUGCUCUUCUCCCCUUCUCCCUUACCCCUCCAUAACCCACUAAAUAAAUAUCCAACCUCACUCUGCAUGGCAUGCCUAUCCAUGUCUUUCACCCACCGCCUUCGGAGACCUGCGGCGUGGUUUCGUGGCAUGCUCAUCUGUGUGUCUCUCCUCGUGGCCUGCUGCACCCACUUGGGGAACUGCUCCAUCCCUGCCUGGGACUGGCUGUCUUGGGACCCACUGCCCACUGCAGCUACUUAAGGAUCCACAGCAUUUUUAUUUAAUCCAUUUCAAGUGUAAUAAUUUCAAGUGUGUAAUAACCCUAGCUAUCCUGGAACUCACUUUGUAGACCAGGCUGGCCUUGAACUCACAGUGAUCCACCUGACUCUGCCUCCCCAGUGCUGGGUUUAAAGGUGGUGCCACCACUGCCCAGAUGGGCGUUUGUUUGUUUGUUUUAUGGGCAAAUCAUUUCUAUUAAAGUAUUUUGGCUUUUUGCUAUGCUUUAAAGGGCUUUCUUCUUGGGGCUGGAGAGAUGGCUCAGUGGUUAAGAGCAUUGCCUGCUCUUCCAAAGGUCCUGAGUUCAAUUCCUGGCAACCACAUGGUGGCUCACAACCAUCUGUAAUGAGGUCUGGUGCCCUCUUCUGGCCUGCAGACAUACACACAGACAGAAUAUUGUAUACAUAACAAAUAAAUAAAUGUUUAAAAAAAUAAAGGGCUUUCUUAUUUCAAGAUUAUUUUCUAAAUAGUCUGGUUUUGUCGGGUACUUUUUAAAGUAAUCUAUUUAUUUUUACAUGCAUUGAUGUUUUGCCUGCAUGUACGUGCAUGUGAGGGUGUAGGAUUCCCUGAAUUUGGAGAUACAGACAGUUGUGAGCUACCAUGUGGCUGCUAGGAAUUGAACCCAGAUCCUUCUACAAGGUGGGUAGUAGGAUUGAACUCGGGUUGUCGGGCUUUGUGGAAAGCCAACCAUGCAGGUCAUGAUGCUCACUAUUUUUUUUUUUUUUGACAAGAUCUCACUAUGUAACUCAACCUGGUCUUUUCUGAGGAUCCUCUGCCUCCACCUUUCUGAAUAGCUGGACCUACAGGGGAAAGGAGCCAUGAUCAGCUUCCAUUUCACUAUCAGAGAACCAGAGGCCUGAAAGGACAGAUUCUAACCCGAAAGGACAGAUUCUAACCCGAAAGGACAGAUUCUAACCCGAAAGGACAGAUUCUAACCCGAAAGGAAAGAUUAUAACCCGAUAGGACAGAUUAUAACCCGAAAGGAUAGAUUAUAAUCUAAAAGGAUAGAUUAUAUAAUCUUGCUCCCCAUUUUUUCCAGUACCAUCUGCCAUUGGCUGCAGCCUUGGCUCUGUCUAACUGUUGUACACGCCCCCGCCCAACACUUGAGAAGACUGAACCCAUCUGCUACAGGCUCGCUCUCAGACCCUCUCUGUCCCCAACCUCUUAUCUGUGUUAAACAUCUGUCUAUCAAGGUGUGUCCCCAGGACCCCCCCCCCCCACCGCCAAGUGGUGAGACAAGACAUCCUUCAGGUCUCGGACCCUCUGGUACUCCAGACUCAGCUCAUGCAUAACCAUGCUCAGACCUAUGUUGCCUGUCCAUAGGCUGAGCCCUUCCCACAUCAGAGCACAGAGGCUAUCUAAGACUAAGCAAGGGCCCGAGCCUGUGGUUUUCCACAGAAGUAGAUGACCCGCUUCCCACUUUGGAGGGAGUACUUCUUGGGAGAUCGCAUGGCUUAAUGCAUCUAGGUUUCAUAUGAGCCAUAUAAAUUCCUAGAGUAUAGAGCAUGUAGUGCCCUGAGGAGCUACUGUUCUUGUGAGCAGGCAGGACCAUAGGCCAGGCCAAGGUGAGCCAGCUAGCAACCAGUCUUCACUGGCUCCCCACAUAGAUAUGAUCAGUCACUCAUGGGGACCCCAGUGGUCUAGGCUGUGAAAGACUGGAACUUUUAAGUCCUUAGAAAACAAUAGGUAGAUGCUUAAAGAUCCUUAUCAUUCUAAAAAUUAUUUUACUUUCAUAUGUAUAUGUAACAGACCAUAGAGGCCAGAAAUAAGUAUUAGAUCUCCUAGAACUGAAGUUGGGCACAAACCUGGGUCCUCUGCAAAAGUAACAAGUACUUUUUUUAUUUUUAUUUUUUUGAUUUAUGUGUUUGUUUGUUAGUAUGUAUAUUGUGUUCUGCCAGAAGCAGGCACCAGAUCUCAUUACAGAUGGUUGUGAGCCACCAUGUGGUUGCUGGGAAUUGAACUCAGGACCUCUGGAAGAGCAGCCAGUAUUCUUCAUCUCUGAGUCAUCUCUCUAACCCCCAAUAGUAGCAAGCACUCUUAACGCUAAGCCACUGAGCUCUCUCUAGCCCUACUUAUAUUGAAAAAAGGGGGGGGGGGAGCAGUAUGUGAAGCGUUGCCUGACCUAGAACUUACCGUGUAGGCCAGUCUUGCCUUGAACCCACAAAAAUAUCACAACCUCUGGCUCCCCUGUCAUUUUUCAAGUGGGACUUUCCCUGACUAAACCUACUAGAUGGGAACAGCCCAGGAACCAAAUGUUUGCUCAGGACUCUGCACUAGAGAAUACCAAUGUGAGCGUGGGCCUGGGGAGACAGAACAGAACUACAGGGGCUUCAGCUCCUGGAGUCUAACUUCAGCCUGCCCUUCUUUGCUUUGUUUUGUUUUGUUUUUCGAGAAAGGGUUUCUCCGUAGGUUUGGAGCCUGUCCUGGAACUUGAUCUGUAGACCAGGCUGGCCUCGAACUCAAAGAGAUCCACCUGUCUCUGCCUCCCAAAGUGCUGGGAUUAAAGGCGUGCGCCACCACCGCCCAGCUGUCAGCCUGCCUUUCACUGACUUUACCUGACAAGGGGACACCCCCACACACAGAUGUCAGGAUCUGUGGAACUGGACUCUCAUGUGUUCUUGCUUUCUCAGCCCCACGGGAUCCUGAUUCCUCUUGUCCUUACACACCUAAGACACCAAGAUGGCAGCAGCUGGACUUCUGCCACUGCCAGCAGGACCUCAGGUCAAGGUGACCUUCGAGGAUGUGGCUGUUCUGCUGUCCCAGGAGGAGUGGGCCCGCCUGGGCCCUGCUCAGCGGGGCCUCUAUCGGAAUGUGAUGAUGGAGACUUACGGCAAUGUGGUCUCGCUAGGACUCCCAGGAUCCAAGCCUGUUGUGAUCUCCCAGCUGGAGCGAGGAGAAGAUCCAUGGGUCCUGGAUGGGCAGGACACUGAGCCGAGCCAGGGCCUGGGAAGUGGCUACUCCGAAUGGAAAACCAAGGAAGAAAACCAAAACACAAACUUGAACUUACAGCCAUUGAUCUCAGACGAAAAAGCGGUGAUUCUGGGGGAAACAUCGUUGAAGGAGGCUAAUGAAGAACAUUGCAAAACAGAGCAGAACAUCUGCCCAAAUGCAGCCCCUGUUGGCCCCCAUACCGCCCAGGUAUCAAGUCCUAGUGUCCCACUUGCUCGACACCAGGUGGCUCCUAGCGGAGAGAGACCCUAUAUAUGCAUCGAGUGUGGAAAAUGCUUUGGUCGGAGCUCUCACCUCCUCCAGCACCAGCGAAUACACACUGGUGAGAAGCCCUAUGUCUGCCAUGUGUGUGGGAAGGCCUUCAGCCAGAGCUCUGUCCUCAGCAAGCACAGGCGGAUCCACACCGGCGAAAAGCCCUACGAGUGCAACGAAUGCGGGAAAGCCUUUCGAGUGAGCUCGGACCUUGCCCAGCACCACAAGAUCCACACGGGAGAGAAGCCUCACGAGUGUCUAGAGUGUGGGAAGGCGUUCACUCAGCUCUCCCACCUCAUCCAGCACCAGCGGAUCCACACGGGGGAGAGGCCCUAUGUGUGCCCCUUGUGCGGGAAAGCCUUCAACCACAGUACUGUCCUACGGAGCCACCAGAGGGUGCACACCGGAGAGAAGCCUCAUGGGUGCAGCGAGUGUGGGAAGACGUUCAGCGUGAAGAGAACGCUGCUGCAGCACCAGCGGGUCCACACCGGCGAGAAACCCUACACGUGUAGUGAGUGUGGCAAGGCCUUCAGUGACCGCUCGGUGCUCAUCCAGCAUCACAACGUGCACACCGGGGAAAAGCCGUACGAGUGCAGUGAGUGCGGCAAGACCUUUAGCCACCGCUCCACCCUAAUGAACCACGAGAGGAUUCACACGGAGGAGAAGCCCUACGCGUGCUACGAGUGUGGGAAGGCCUUCGUUCAGCACUCGCACCUCAUCCAGCACCUCCGGGUCCACACCGGGGAGAAACCCUAUGUGUGCGGCGAAUGCGGGCACGCAUUCAGUGCGCGCAGGUCUCUGAUCCAGCACGAGAGAAUCCACACCGGCGAGAAGCCCUUUCAGUGCACAGAGUGUGGCAAAGCCUUCAGCCUGAAAGCAACUCUUAUCGUGCACCUGAGGACCCACACCGGCGAGAAGCCCUACGAGUGCAAUCGCUGCGGCAAGGCAUUCAGCCAGUACUCGGUGCUCAUCCAACACCAGCGGAUCCACACGGGAGAGAAACCCUACGAGUGUGGGGAGUGUGGGCGUGCCUUCAACCAGCACGGGCACCUGAUCCAGCACCAGAAAGUACACAAGAAGCUGUGACCCAUGGCGGUCAGAAGCCCAACUUAGAACCUGCUUUCCUCCCAGUUCUGGUAAAUCUGCAGGAUUUCCUUGGAGGCUCAAUGUCACAAUUCCUUUUCCUUCUAGAGAAAAACAUUCUACUGGUGUUACCUUUCUUUCCCUAACCAUCUUGAGGUUAUAGUGGAAAAUCCUAUAAUUGUGGAUAUUGGUAAAGUUAGCCAUAAUUCUGCCUUUGAUUAUUUGACAUGAAUCGGUUUAUUGAAGCAGCUGAGAAGACAGAGACUAUAUUGACAUUUCAAAUGGAGUUCCUUGUCUUACUAGCUUCAUGCCUUUCCUGAAUGCAUCUGGUCAUUCAAAUGUAUUUAAAUUUUCAAUUAACUUUUCUAUUGGGGGGGGGGGGAACUACUUUUAAAGGUCGCUGUGGAACCAUGGCUGUCCUGGAACUCUGUAGACCAGACUGACCUCAAACUCAGAGAUCCACCUGUCUCUGCCUCCCUACUGCUGGUGUUAAAGGCGUGUGCCAGCACCACCCAAGCUUAUUUUUGGUAUUUAUGAAACUAUGUGUAUAAAAUAUCAUUAAAAAAAAUUCUUGGCCCAGAGAGAUGACGGGUUCAGUAGAUAAAACCUGAUAACCUGAGUUUGCUUUCCAGAACCCACAAGGUGGGAGGAGAGAACCAACUCCCACAGGCUUCCAUGUGAGAUCCAAGCAAGAGUGUGAUGAUAUGCAUACACAUAGAUAAAACCAAUAUUUUAAAAUAUUCUUAUGAAAUAUUCUGAAAUGGCAGCUCUAAGUGUUUGGAAAAAGAAAAAGAUACAUUAGUAAGAAUUUAUGUAAACUGAAAGAAAUUGUUUGGUGUCUGUCUUAUCUGUCCUGGUAAAACACCAUAACCAAAGCAACUUAGCAAAGAAAGGGUUUAUUCACUUCCACAUCACAGGAAGUCAAAGCAGAAACUCCCAUACAGGCCAUGGAGUAACACUGCUUACUAGCUUGCUCCUCAUGGCUGCUUUCAUAAAGUUCAGGUAGGAUCCACUCACACACACCUGUUGGUCCUGUGGUAGUAGCAUCUAUUCAAGAGCUCUAACCCUGCCAUAUAGUGCCAAGCCUGGGUUUCUCUUCAGGAGCCCUUCAGCCCCAGGGCUUCUACAACUGAGGCAGCAUCUUCACUGGCCUCUCAGUGCCAAGCCUCAGCUUGAACCCACACAUGCCUUCAAAACCUGUGCCACACAUCACAGUUCAGUUACCUGCCUCAGGACCACAGCUUCUUUCUGGAUGCUAACCCUAAGUAGGCAAACACCUCCCAGGUUCCACCCUAAUGGUGCUGAUUACCGCUCACUCCUCACACCCCCGCCACACACACAGAGUUUCUGUGUAACCCUGGCUGUUCUGAACUCAUUGUUGACCAGGCCUGCCUGUUGGGAUUAAAGGCGUACACCAAUCUCUUAAUCACAACUGAUUAAAGCCCAGCUGAGCCAGAUUAUUCCAGCAAAGAUUCACUUUAAUGGUUUUAGUAUCUUGGCUAAAUUCCUCUCAGCUGAGCAGAACAGAUUCUUAACUGAAUUACCACCAGCAUGGUGGUAACAUGCCUCUAGUCCUAGCAAAGGCAGCCACAGCUACAUAGUGGAAUACUGUCUCAAAACAAAAGGCAUGGUGAUGCAUGUCUUUAGUCCCAGCACUCAAGAGGCAGCUAAGAUCUCUAUAGUUCAUAGCCAGGGCCAGAUAAACCCUUGUCUCAAAAAACCAAAAUAAAUACUGCCUCUAGUCUUUUGUUGUUUCUCAAAACUUCCUUCUGAAAAUACCAUCUGUACUACUACUAUUUUCUGAGUUCCCAUAAUAACUCAUGAAGCCCUGAAAACUCGGCCAUCUUCUAGCCCACAAUCCUUCCUCCCACCAAAAUGGUCGGUAUUGGCACAAAUUUGUCUUCUGGCUGUUGAUAUAAUACCAUGACCAGAAGCAACUUGAGGAUUAAUUGGGUUCGCAUCCACAUCACAGCCCACAUGUAAAUGGGUUCAAGCACAUGCUAAGGGAGAUGCUGCAUGACUUGCUCCAUGUUUUUCUUUUAUAACCCACAGCCACCUGCCCAGGCGUGGCCCUCCCACAUCAAUCAUUAAGAAAAUACCUAGUAGACUUCCUAUAGGCCAAGCACUAGAGGGGUUCUUUCAAUUCAGAGUCCCUCUUCCCAAAUGGCUCUAGCUUAUGUUGAGGGGGAAAAAAAGCGCCACAAAUUUAUUCAUCAGAUGGGAUAUCCUAAUGUCCCUAGUGAAAAUUCAACUCAUGGAGCUAGCAAGAUGGCUCAGUGGGUAAAGAUCCUUUGCCACCAAGCUUGACAACCUGAGUUCAAUCUCCAGAGAACACCUAGUCCUCUGACAUCCAGUCAGGCCCUGCCAUGUACCUGCACACUAAUAUACACAAUAGAAUGAGGGCCCACCUUAAUUCCAGGCCCAGCACGUCAUGUUCACAUGCCCUCUAGCAUGCCAUCUUCUGACCCACACUCAGGUCAUUUCCUUGUACCAAGGCGCUACAUGGCAGGGAUUCCCCCCACAAAAAAAAAAAAA